AUUUAGAAGGCCAUGUUGACGUCUUGAAUGAAGUCUGUGAUAUAUUGUAUUAAAGUGAAGAUAUACCGGGGUUUUAUUCCAGAUAUUGUGAAAUAAAGGUAUGGAAUAUACAGUAUAAUGCACAGUUGACGAGAUCUGGUGUGAAUUAUUUACGACGUCUGCUAUUAUGGAGAAGAUAUAACCAGCAAUCAUUUCUAUAUAAGGUCUUGCAAUGAGUCAACGUGGGCCGCCCAUUCAUGGAAAGGGCGGUGACGUGUCGUAUAUCCGAGCUACCAGUGCAAAUAAUACAGGGUCGUUACCAAUGGCACCGUUGUCGCCCACGGGCAAUCGCGAAAAGAACUCAACACCCAUGUCUAAUAUUUCAUUAGCUGAUUGUGAAUUUAACGAUCGUGAUGAAAUGCUCCUUCGUGAACUUGAGGAAGCUAAAUCACGGGCGGCCCAGAUGGAAAAAACUAUGCGAUGGUGGUCCGACUGCACGGGUAAUUGGCGGGAAAAGUGGAACAAGGCGCGAGACGAACGAAACAAAGCUCGGGAAGAAAACAGACAGUUACGAUCAAAGUUAGAAGCCAUCGUUAAGGAACUGACUUUACAGAAGCGUGAUCGCCACGACUUGAUGGCAGAAAAUGAUCGUUUAAAACAGCAGUUAGAACUUAGGUCUCUAGAAAAGGAUGGCAGAAGCUCCGCUAGUAGUUCUGUGAAGGAAGAAGAUUUGAAUAACGGAGGAUCUUCGAAGGAGAAAAAAUCUGAAAUGGACGACACGGAAAAGGAUGUGGAAGAUAUUAGUACGUCUAACGAUAAAAUGGACAGCUCUUCAAAUGCUGUAGAAAAAGAUAGAAAAGACAGUGUUGACAGUACGACGUCAUGUAAUAAUAAAAAUAAUUCUAGUGACGUCAGUAAUCUUCUGCCACGUUUGUCACUUCAACUUGAAGAAUCAGAAAAAAUAAUAGAACAAGAGAAAAGAGAGAAAUGCGAGGUGACGGAAUCCAUGGUUAAAUUACAAGCUGAACUAACGUCGUUAAAAUCUAAAUACGAAGAAAUCAAAAAACAGAAACAAGAAGCCUAUUUAGAGGAUAAAUAUGAUGAUAUUGAUAUUGAUAGCUCGGAUGGUGAGUUCGCUCACAUCGGAGUAGCUGGGUUAACAAAAGUGAAAGAUAGUCAUAAAGAUGAUGUCAGUCGAUUGUCUCAGGAAUUAGACGAAGAAAGUUCUACUCGAUCAGGUCUCGAUAAAAAGAUAGCAGAAUUACGCAGAGAGUUAGAAAGACUUCAGUCAGAAAAUGCAUCAGAGUGGGCGAAAAGGGAGCGACUGGAAACAGAGAAAUUAGCACUAGAACGCGAAAAUAAAAAGUUACGAAGUCAAGCGGAAGAUUUAGAAGAACAACUGGAGAGGAAAAGUCAACAAACCUCGGCCAUAAUGGAUUCUGACAUGAAAACAUUACAAAUGGAACUGUCUGAGAAACACAAGGAAUUAAAUGAUCUGAAACAUAUCCAUGUUAAAGUGAAGAAAACAUAUCAGGAUAAAUUAACAGAAUUAGAUCACACCAAACGACGUACUGAACAAUACGAACUAGAAGUUAAAAAAUUACGAAGUCGAAUUGAAGAGUUAAAGCGAGAUCUGGCCAACUCAGAAGAUGAGGUUGAUAUUCAGGUCAAUAAUGUGCGUAAAUUACAGAGAACUAAUGAUGAGUUACAAGCUCAGGUGGAGACGCUACAGGUACAGAAUGAUCAUAUCCAAUCAAGGUUAAAGAGGAGUAGUCAGCCAUGUUUAGCUAAAAGUCGUUCUUCCAGUUUGAAAUCGUUCGCGUUACAUGAUGAUUUUGAUGCGGAUGAUAGUGAUUUAGAUCUCGGUGAUACUACGUAGCAUAUCUUCUAUAAAAUCUCUACAGUAUACACCACAAGGCACAAAUAUCGGUCAAAAAUUGAAUCCCUCAAAAUAAAUUUUUGAGUAGCCUACUUACACGAACAAAUAAAUGUUAACACCAACAAAUAAAUGUUCAAGUCUAAUAAUUGCAUUUAGGGCUAGCAUAUUCCUGUCCCGAUGUUGCUAGAAAAAAUGGCCUUUGUGCGCGCCAUUGCAAUGACAUUAGAUAUCGGCUUUUGUAGUUGGUGACAAAAAAUUGCUCAUCGUUCUGAAAUCGUACAUCAUUUGCUAUAUAUGCGAGAGAAAGCGAUUUUUCUUGGAGCAAUAUUUGUGUGGAAAAUCAGUACAAGCUAAACUUUUAUGUGGACACAGGACUGACAUUUUGACUACCAAUAGUCACAUGAUCAGCAGUAACACUUUCUGAACCAUCGCCCGCUAAUUGCUUAUACAUGUGCGCACGUUGCUAUCAAUGUUGCUAUUAAAAAAAGCCUGUCUGCCCCAGGCUUAAGGACUGGGAUAUAAAUAGCUUCCGUAUUUGCUGUGUGUUAAAUGCUGUUUUAAGGCGUUUGUACGACACGAUGGAAAGGCAGCUUGAGCUAUUCCCUUCCUUACGAUUUGACCAAAUUAAUAAUUGACAGGGAGACUGCCUACUUUACGAAGAUCUAAACUGAAAGUGAAAAUGUUUGACUGAUAUUUGUGACUUGUACGAUUAUACUGUUUUUAAGGCAUUUAAUGAUAGGAAAACAUUGAAAUAAUAUAAAACACAACUUUAUGGAUAACAAUCACUGGCAACUUUAAUACGGAAAUGGUGUGGGGUGGAGUGUGUGGUGGGGGUGGGGGGAUAGUCGAAUGGUUAAGAUGUACGCGUUGUAUCACAAGGUCUGUCAUUGAGUCAACUGGCAUGGUUUCGAUUCCCUUGUUGUACUUCCUCCCACUGCUAAAGAUCCCUACGUGAAAGCACAUUAUUGAAAUAAAAUUGAACCAUAUGUUUGAGUUGAGUGCAUGUUAAACCACAUCUCUCUCUCUCUCUCUCUCCCUCUCCCUCUCUCU